ACCUGUAAAAAAGAAUUUCUACGACAAAGAAUGGCCAAAGGCCAACAAAAGGCAAACAAAGCACCAUUAAAACCCCGCUCCCAUAUUUAAACCCCACCAUUACUGCACCACAAAAAAGCCCACUCUUCAUUUUGCACCCACCAUUUAUUAAUUUUUUUUCCCCUCUCUCCCUUUCUUUUCCCUUUCACACAACAGUAGAGGCAGCUCUUCCCUUCCCUUACCUUAACUCACUUUUCCACUUUCUUCUUCUCCUACUUCUUCUCUUGGCUUUUUUUUUUUUCUGUUUGUUUUUUCUAUUUCUUUCAAGCCCAUAUUCAUGUCAGGCUUAUAUGCACAAAAUUUUUCACCUGCAAGAACUCUAUCACCGCAUAUAAGAACAACCCCUGAUGUCGAAAGUGGUCAGUAUUUGACAGAGCUUUUAGAAGAGCACCAGAAGCUUGGACCCUUUGCUCGAGUCCUACCUAUAUGUAGCCGACUUUUGAAUCAAGAGAUAUUGCGAGUUUCUGGAAUGCUCCCCAACCAGGGGUUGAGCGACUUUGAUAGACCACAACGCGGAAGCUUAAACCUUAUGGCUUCUUCAGAUAUACUGCCAAAUAAUAGAGGAACGGGCUUCCUUGGGUGGAAUGGCCUGCAAAAUGAAAGAUUAGGAUCACAGGGAAUCAAUAUGGACUGGCAAGCAGCACCAGCAAGCCCAAGUGCCUAUAUUGUGAAGAAAAUUUUGCGUUUGGAUAUUCCUGUUGAUAGCUAUCCAAAUUUCAACUUUGUAGGCCGACUUCUGGGCCCUAGGGGCAAUUCCUUGAAACGAGUAGAAGCUUCUACAGGCUGUCGUGUCUAUAUCAGAGGAAAAGGUUCAAUAAAAGACCCAGAAAAGGAAGAAUCAUUAAGGGGAAGACCAGGAUAUGAGCAUCUGAGUGAUCCACUGCACAUCUUAAUUGAGGGUGAACUACCUGUCAAUAUUAUUGACAUGCAGUUGAGACAAGCACAGGAGAUCAUUGAAGAACUUCUUAAACCUGUGGAUGAGUCACAGGAUAUCUAUAAGAGGCAACAGCUAAGAGAAUUAGCAAUGUUGAAUUCAAACUAUAGGGAAGAAAGCCCUCGACCAAGUGGUAGCAUUUCACCUUUCACUUCAAGUGGAAUGAAGCGUGCCAAAACCGGUCAAUAGUACUUCACGAUCCAAUCUACUCACUGGUUUAUCUAAAAAACUCUUGAUUAUUAUUAUUAUUAUUAUUAAUAUUAUUAUUAUUACCAUUUAUUGCUUAUCAUUAUAUGUCAAUCCUGUAUAGCUGCAAAAGAAGUGAUUUGCAAAAUUGCUGGUAGUUCAACCCUGGCUAUUUAUUGGGUAACAUAAACAUUAACAAGGGAAAGGAAAUAGAAAAUUCAUUUGUUGUAACUUCUCUCCAUAUAAUUGCUUGCAGGUGUACAAGUAUUAACAAUUAUUAAAUUUGUUCUGUAAUUAACAUGAACUUUUUUGUUGAAAUAGCCUGUAAUAUAUGCCAACAGUGAAAUCAAGAAACUUUUUUCAUAGAUGACUUCCAGUCUUUCA